ACGCGCAAGUACAGGUUGGAAAAUCAGUUCUCUGGCUUAUGGCUCAAUGUCUGUUUAUUUCGGAGAUACAGUUAUCCAUUUUUCACUGGAUUUUUGUGCUUGACACGAGCCAUGAAAAACACACCGCUCAGGCCACUCUUGCUGCUCUUGCAAGGACUUGUGGUGCUUUUCAUGAUAUAGCUUUGGAUAUCCUCUGGCAACAAUUUGGCACUAUCGCCAGAGCGAUUCAGUGCAUGCCUCACGAUUUAUGGGGCGGAGACAUGAACAGGUCCGAGUCAAGCUGUAUUUGUUUAAAACUCCAUAGGCACUUGACCAAAGCUGACUGGAAUAUCUUCCGUAGGUAUGCUUUACGCAUCCGUCACCUUAGUCUUGCUACCCAGGACGUCCGCCGCGGAAAAACAUUAAUGGUUGACAUUGACGAUGAAUUACUCGCUUGUCUCGCCUCCAUGGAUCCCACCCAACCCCUGCUGCCAAAUCUCACAUCCCUCGAGUGGAUUAUUUAUGACGAGAGAGACUUGAGGCUGAUCCGUCGAAUCAUGACCAAGUCCCUCACGUCUCUGUUCCUCGAGGUCUGGGCCAUCUCACCAGUUCCCGACCUGCAACAGUUCAUCUCCUCGAUUUCUACUAUUCAUCUUCGCUACUCCGUUUCUCAAACUCUUUACCACCUGCAUCAUCUCACUACAAUCCACUGUGGAGUUCUCGAUGCCGAGGUUAUGGACCAUUUAUCACGUCUUCCGUCUCUACUAGAGCUUAAAUUUGCUCUCCAACCAAGUUCCGAAUUCCAGAACGAGCUUUUAUUUGAGCAACUUCAAGUACUUGACGUGCAUGCGCAAGAUAUUACAUCUGCUGUCGACUUCGUGAGCAGAAUGCGGAACAAGCUUACAAACCUCUCAAUCUUCAGCGAUGACCAUACAGGAGCAUCCGUCUUAGCACAAUUAUUUCGUCGCCUCUCCACUUCCGUCAGCCACUACUCACUUCAUCGCCUCCAAAUCAUGGUUGCAGAACGUCCUCCAAAUGACUCGUUCUCUGUCCUGAACCUGGAAGAUUUUCACCCGCUCCUGUCAUUCAGCCGAUUAACACAUGUACAUCUUGAUGUAGGGUGUGGGAUUUCUUUGGACGAUGUUGCCGCCUUAGAAUUGGCACAGGCAUGGCCAAAUAUCAUUCAACUCAUGCUGAACAAAUUUCUGGAAACUCCUUUGCCGUCGUCGAUAUCACCAAUUGGACUCCUGUGCUUCCUCAAGCGUUGUCCCAGCUUAAUGGAACUAACGCUUGAAAUCGACUUCUCCUUUAUUGAAGAACAAGAUGACCAGUGGCAUUACUGGGUCGGAGACACCACCCACCGGCACCUUUCUGUAUUCGAUGUAACUUAUUCGAAAAUCCACAAUGCAGCAAAAGUUGCUGCAUUCUUGUCUUGUGUCCUACCGCGUACAGUUCAUGUACUUUAUUCGUGGAUCCAUGCACUAGAUGAUCAACGGGAGUAUGCAGAGAGGUGGAAUGAGGCUUCGAGACUCCUCAGGCGGAUGAAGAAGUGAGCAACUAUUAAUCACUCCGUACCAUUAAGCGAUCUGGAAGAGGUAAUCGUUGUCAAUCUAGGUAUAAGUAUAUAUCUCAAUCUAUACAGCUACCUACAUAUCAUAUGUUCAACUUACAUACCCCGUAGAAUAUUCUUUCGGUAACGAAGUACGAUGCUAGCGAAUUUCCCCU